AUGGCGUGCGGUGCGGAGGAGGAGGAGGAGGAGGACGUGGUGCGGCGACUCCACGAGGCCCAGAGGCAACGCAACCAAUGUAUUGCCCGUGGCGCAGUCCAUGUUGCCGCACCACCUGUGCGCCGCUUCGACGAGAACAUUACGCCGGUCUGGCACACAACAACCGUGCGUCACACUGUGGCACGCAGUGCUGCAGCAGACACAUGUGUCACGGUCAACGUGAGUCCAUUUCGUGGAAGACCACCGACAAUUGUGUUUCUGCCGCUCGACCGCCCGUGGGACGGGGACGAAUGCAGCGGUGACACAGGGGCAUACGUGGAACCUGCGUCACUGCCCCUUGUGAUGCGUUCUAACUCGGGCGCUCAGGAGUCCAUUCCACGUGCCGGGCCGUACGCUUCCCUUCGCUUCACAAUGCCCACUGGUGCCGUGCGCUUCACAGGUGUCAUGUGCACACUGGAGCGGGCUGGAUUCACGGAGGAAACGAGUCUCCUGUCGACGUCGUGGUCUAUGAAGUGGUGUAAGCGUCCCGUGCGCAGCGACUUUGCACGACUAAAGGCGUUCCAGCGUGUUAAUCACUUCCCCGGCACAUGGCGUAUCGGGAAGAAGGACGAGCUGCAUAAGCAUCUCGUGGCAGCCCGUGCACAUUGGCGUGAACAGUGCAGAAACGGCAACGGCGGGGAUAAUGAUGUGGGUUUCGGCGAUUUCUUCCCUGAGGGCUGGGUGCUGCCGGAGGAACAAGGGGCGCUUCUUUCCGUGCUUCGCUCAAAAGAGGAGCGUGGCCAUACGUUUAUCGUCAAACCAACGACAAGUGCUUGUGGUCGUGGUAUCUACUUGUUCGAGGGCAGUGAACACCCAAGGCUUCCGUACACAACGCAGCAAGCUGAUGCGUUCAGCAGCUGUGACGCCAAGAGUAAUAAUGAGAACAGCAGCAGUAGCAGUAGUGGUACUGUUCGCCCCCGUCGCUUUCUUGUGCAACGCUACGUAGACGACCCGUUGCUUGUUGACGGGUACAAGUUCGAUCUCCGGCUGUAUGUUGUGGUGACGUCGUACUUUCCACUGCGUGCCUACUUGUACGAUGAAGGACUUGUGCGCUUUGCCACCUCGCCUUACCCCACUGCGCCGAAGGGAGCGGCGGUUGGAUCCGCCGAUGCACUCACCGCACAUCUUACUAACUUUACCAUUAAUAAGAAAUCGGAGGAUUUUGUCCCGCCCGACGAAGCGAACGAUGUAGAAGGUGCAGCAAGCGCCUCUAAGUGGACUCUCGCCGCACUAAAGGCACAUUUUCUUAGGCACGGCUUCGACUGGGAUGGAGCAAUGGCGCAGGUGCGUGACCUUCUUGUGAAGGUGCUACUUGCAGUGGCGCCGCACGUUGUGGUGGAGAUUGACGCGUUGGGCAACCGUGACAUCGGCUGCUGUUGUUUUGAGGUGUACGGCGUGGAUGUGCUUUUGCGGCGUCCACUUGCAGCAGACGCGCCGACGCCGAUGCCGGUCUUGAUGGAGGUGAACAUCAUGCCGUCUUUGAGCACGCACUACUCGCUUCUAGACCAAUGUGUAAAGGGCAACUUCAUUGCGGACAUGCUCACGCUCGUUGGUAUCACAGCGCCUGCUACGGCCAAGAAGCCUGGGGCAAGCCGUGCAGUGCCAAUAUCGUGCAUGAAACAAAAAUUGGACGAGCCUGCCUUUUCGUACGGUCACCCGUUUCUCGACGCCCUGACAAAUGCAGCUGAACUGGAGGCGUGCCUCACGGCAGAAGAGGAGUACCUGCGGUGCACACACUUUCAGCGGCUCUGUCCGACACCGCAGUCGUACACGCAGUAUCGCGCGCUGUUUUUGGACGUGGAAACAGCAGCGGGGGGUGGGGCACAGCAACGUGCUUUGGAUGAACUGUUGAGCGCGUGGGAGCAGGCGAGGCUCGACCGACCGCCACCAUGGGCGUGA